CCUUCCUUUAGGGGUAUCCACAGCACAGGCUCAUCAUGGCAGCAGCAGGCAUGGAGAACAUAGCAAGAAACAACGGGCUGCUCCUGCUUCUUCUCCUAUUUAUUACAGACCUGAGCUGUGCCCGUCCCUACCUACAGAGACACAAGCGGCAAAUAAGAAAAGCCCAUAGUGAGCUGACAGUCAACGGUCUCCACAUUAAGUCAACCAUAGUGUCCCGCUAUGCCUUAACAGUGGUGCAAAGCGUUAUGGUCAACACUCAUUCUGAAGCCAAGGAAGCCAUCUUUGAUUUGGACCUUCCGGACUCAGCGUUCAUAUCAAACUUCUCAAUGACAGCUAAUGAAAAGACAUAUGUGGCCGACGUGAAGGAGAAACAUCAAGCCAAAAAGAUGUACAAUGAAGCCAGGAAGCAGGGCAAGACAGCAGCCCAUGUGGGCACCAGGGACAGAGAGACGGUGAAGUUCCGGGUUUUGGUGAAUGUGGAAGCCGGAGGGGAAAUCGUCUUUGCGUUGACUUAUGAAGAGCUGCUGCGGAGGCACCUAGGGAAAUAUGAGUAUGCUGUGAGUGUGCCCUCUUGGCAGGUUGUACAGAACCUUAGUGUGGAGAUUACCAUCUCUGAGCGCACGGGUAUUGAGUAUGUGAGAGUGCUGCCUCUGCGCACCAGCCGCUUGAUGACCAACAGUGUGCCAGGGGAGAGCAAGGUGCCUCCAUCUACUCAGGUAGAGAAAGGAACAUACUGCACUCGAGUUACAUAUACCCCAACUCCCACGGAGCAGGCUGCUCAUUCCCGCCCUGGUGUUACUGCAGAUUUUGUCCUCCAUUACGAUGUUUCACUGAAGGACGUUGCUGGGGAUGUCCAGAUUUACAAUGGAUAUUUCGUGCACUACUUUGCUCCACGAGGCCUCCCGCCAAUCCAGAAAAAUGUCAUCUUUGUCAUUGAUGUUAGCGGCUCCAUGUUUGGCACCAAAAUAAAACAGACUAAAAGUGCUAUGCACGUUAUCCUGAACGAUCUGCAUCGAGAUGACUCUUUUAAUAUCAUCACUUUUUCCGACGUGGUGCACGUGUGGAGGCCAGGCCAAUCCAUCCUGGCAACGGCUCAGAACAAAAAGAGUGCAAAGGACUAUGUAAAUAAGAUUGAAGCCGACGGAUGGACUGAUAUUAAUGCUGCACUUCUGGCUGCUGCUUCUAUCUUCAACCAAACAUCUCAUAAACCAGAGAAAGAAAAGAAGAUCCCUCUUAUCAUCUUCCUAACAGAUGGAGAAGCUACCUCGGGUGUCUUGGCCUCCAGCCGCAUCCUUAGCAAUGCCCAAAAGGCCAUGGAAGGCAAAAUUUCUCUCUUUUGUUUGGCAUUUGGUGAAGAUGCAGAUUACAACCUCAUGAAGAGAUUGUCUCUGGAAAACCGUGGCAUUGCAAGGCGCAUUUAUGAAUAUUCUGAUGCCACGUUGCAGCUAAAGGGCUUUUAUGAUGAAAUUGCCAGCCCACUUCUGUUUGACAUUGAGUUGAACUACCUUGAAGAGACUGCACAGAAUGUGACACAGACGCUCUUCCCCAAUUACUUUGAGGGUUCCGAACUUGUAGUGGCUGGGAAGCUGAAGUCUGGAACUAAAGACCUUAAAGUUCGAUUGACUGCUCAUGACCAGAAACAGCAAGUGAGCUUGGAAAAUGACAUCUCAAUGGAGAGCAAUAGUACGGAGCCCAACUUUGGGUGCUCCAGCAACGUGGAACAGAUCCAAUGGUUUGUCCAACGACUUUGGGCCUUUUUCACUAUUAAAGAUUUACUAGAGGCUAGGAUCAAAGCAAAUGAUUCUGCAGCACGACGGCUUCUCACUGAGAAGGCUACCAACCUCUCUCUUAAGUACAACUUUGUGACACCUGUUACUUCCUUGAUUAUAGUCAAACCAGAAGAUGAAGAAAGUAGGAAGACUACUACCCAAGCUGCAGCACCUUCAGUAACAACCACGUCUGCCCCUGUAACUUCUUCCAGUAUGCUAAGUACCACCGCAGCCACAAAAACAACUUCUCUGAAGGCCAAAAUGACCUCUACUCCAUGGAUGUCAAAGACUACCUCCAGAGGAAUCAAAUCAACUUUAUCCACAAAGACAACAAUAGGAACUGUAGUAGCAACCAGCACCACAACCAUCUCUACAGAGACCUCUCCAAGAAUAACAGCUGUCCAAGUUACUGGAGCCAAAGGACACUCAAGUCUAACACCUAGUUUAGUAACAACUAAUCCUGCCCUUCAGAAGCAGACAACAGUGGUUUUAUCUACAAAUGCAAUCCUCACCACCUCCUCAGAUUCCCGACCCAAUGUGCCCUCACACCCAGUUGCCACUUUGCAACCACACACCAAUGUUCCAGUAGGGACAGUUAGACCUAUGACAGAGAAAGCUUCUCCUGCUUUAUCAGUAGGUGCCCGAAUCUCCACCAAUGUGCCAACAACUGAAAUUCCACCAGAUUUGUCAGCUGCAUUAAUGGUUGGCACUAGCCUGUUUUCAACAGUACGUGGUUGGGGUGCACAAGCAACCACAACUCCGCAAUUGCCAACAACGUUUCCUGUGGACCCCACCUUCUUGAGGUUCCUUGUGCUUCCUGACAGCACUGAAUUGCAUCAUGAAACAUUCGCAAAUCCAAUGUAUGUGGAAUCACUUAACCCACCUCCAUUUUACAGCUUUUUAAAAGAAGCAGAUGUGGCAGGAAUCGUUUCUGAAGAUUUCUAUGCUGAGAACCCUGAAGAUACAGAAUUCAUCUAUGGUGGUGACUUCUAUUCUGAAAACCCUGAAGAUACAGAAUUCGUCUUUGGUGGUGCAAACUUAUUAGUUGCUCCUGGGCUUCAGACCUUCAUGUCCUCAGUUGACGGAGACCCCCAUUUCAUUGUGAAUUUUCCAAAAUCCCAGGAGAAGCUAUGCUUUACAUUAGAUGGACGACCGGGGGAUAUCUUGAGGCUGCUUUCUGAUCCUGUUGCAGGUAUCACAGUGAAUGGACAUUUGAUGAAGGCCCCACUUAAAGUUGGCUUUGAGAGCAGGCUGCGCACCUACCUUGACCUGAUCACUGUUGUUAUCAACCGGCCACGUUCAAAAUAUGUCGUCAACAUUUCACUUCAGAACCUGACCCUUACUGGAGAAAAACAGCAAACAUUUGCCGUCAACCAUCCAGUAUUUUUCCAAAAGCCCAACCUGGCUGUCAGAGUAGUACCUUCAACCAAUGCCACCAUAUGGAUUGGGCAUAAUGUGGAGCUACUGAUUAUUUUCCAUCAUUAUCAGCAUCCAUCAUAUCUUCAGCUGGAUCAUCUGGGCUUCUACAUCGUAAAGGCAGAAGGUUUAUCUUCUAGCUCUGGUGGUCUUUUAGGACAGUUUCAGAAUUGCCAUAUGGAAGUGAUCGAUAAAAAGCUAAGCCACGAUUUGACCCUAUCGGGAACUGUGAAGAGAAAUAGCCAAACGGCACCAGCUACACUGGUUAAAAAAGCUGUGAAGGAUUCUACUGCCCAAGUACAUGAGGCCAAGUGCUGGCUGGUGAAACACGGAGACAUAGAAGAGAUUUUGGACGGAAAAUACCUCUCCUACCUAGUAUCAGAUCUUCAGGAGGUUUAGAAACUGUGGGUGGGAGCGUAAGCUUUAUUGCCAUCUCUCAAGGAAAUGUAUAAUUACAGAACUGCUCCUGUGUGUUUGUGGGGAUGUAACAUAAACUAAUAACAUUAUAACAGGGGAUCCAGAAGUUUAAAUUAAAGAAAGGGAAUUUAUCAUGUUUAAAAUAAUAAAUAAUAAUAUUUUAUUUUAA